CAUUCAAAGAGACAGACAGCCCAUAGACGUGGACCAAGAGGAUGUCUCUCCAUCAAAGCAUAUGGAUGCUACAAGUGAUGAGGUAACGCCCAAUUUUAACAGCUGAUUUCAGUCAGUCACAGACCUAUGUCUGUUUUAGUCUCGGACACCAGACACUUCCGCCUAGGGAUGUGGAAAUCCCAUGUCAUGCCCAUAUCUCCAUUCAGUAGAUAGUGUAUGCUCUGUCUCACUCACUCAUCUCUCCCACUUAACCCAAUCAGCAGUCAGCAGCGACAGAGGAAGGGGAACCAGACCUGCUGAUCAUCAAGGAAGAGGGAGAAGCAGAUGACCAGGACUCUAGGACCAGCCACCCAGCCAGAACAGUGGAGGGCAGCAGAGAGCUAACCACCCAACUGGUUGCAGCCACCACAGAGGACCCCGCCUUCCAGCCCUGUGGCCCCAGAGGCAACAACUACAACAUCCACACUGCUAUGGAGGUCAGUGGUUCUGACGCCAUCCUCCUCCAAUCAGAAACAGGGAAUGUGAACCAGGGACCACAGCAGUACACAGGAUUUGAACCCAGAGCAGAGAGACAGAGUUUGGACACAAAGUGUGACGUGUACAGGGGCCUCAAUCUCCUAAAAGAUGAUGGUGCCUCUGCUGCUCACACUAAAGUAAUGGACCUAGGGAGUGUCCCAGUGGGCCCAGAAAUGCAGACUAGCUCUGCCAUAGAAAUGAGAAGUUUAGGGUUAGAAAACCACAGGUUCCAUUCCUCAUCAGAACAUGUGAUAGUGAUUGACUCUGUAUCCAGUGGGCAGCAGGUAGAUAGAGAUUUUGAGUGGGGUCAGGUGGGUACAGCUACUACACCACAGGUCAAUGGGACUGGACAUAAGCAGGGAGUGGGAGUGUUUAACAGAAACACACCAAUGAUUCAGCCCGAAUCGAUGAGAGACAACACUAUGCAAUUGGUUUCACCCCGUUUCUGGCCCUCAGAGAUAAAUACAGGCACCCAUCUUGACACAGGAAAUGCAGGUGAUGCCAACAAAUCUAGUUGGUGUUCGUUGGCAAGCCUCCAUAGACACUCUGAAAUACCAGGAAGAGGAGCUGAACAACCAGCUCAUGCCUCACUUCCUGUCUGCCAUUUUAGACCAAGCGCCACAACUUCCUCUCACUCUAGUAAUCUCGCCACACACGUUAGACCAGGCACCGUAGAACGACCGUACGGUUGCCCGAGCUGCCAUAAGGAGUUUGUCCACGAGAGUGACUUGCGGCGGCAUGCAGUCAUCCACACCAGAAAGCGGGGGUUCGCCUGCACCUUGUGUGAGAAGAGCUUUGUGUGCGCCAGCCAUCUCCAAAUGCACCUGAACGUCCACACCGGGGAGAAGCCCUUCAGUUGUGCACAGUGCGGGCGCAGGUUCUCCCACUCCAGCAAUCUGAAAAGACAUCAGAAGCUUCAUCAUUGAGAACUGACAAAGGCUGUGAUGGUCAGGGAGUUUUGGAUGACGGUAAUUGAUCAGCCCAAUAACCGCGGUCACCAUUAUAACCGUUUGAAUAGCAAAGGACGCACAUUUUCUCCUCUGCUCCUGACUUGUUUCAGCAAGGAGCAACAAGGUUUCAUCACGUUGGAGAGUCCAUGUUACAGCAGAAACCAUAGAGAUCCUAUUACAUUACUAGAGGGGCUAUGUCAUGAACCCUCAAAGUUCUAGAAUGGAGUGAAUAUGGCAGCCAUUGUGGUCAGGGAGCAAUCCAAACCAGUCUAAUUGGAAUGAAUGGUAGUAAAGGCAGAGGUGAUGCAUAGAUGCGGUAAAGAGGUCAAUGGAACGCAGACCGUGGGGAAUAGAAGAAGGACGCCAGAUUGGCGCACGUUCAACAAAUCUGAUCUAACAAAGUCGUCAUGAUUUAUGUAUUGUAAAAGGUCCACAAUGUGGUUACUAAAGUCCGAUUUUGAUAUAUUUGGCUGUUUUUGCUGCAGAACAUUUAGAAGUAGUCCCUUUUCAGGUUUAGAAGAAGUGACUGCUAAAUGCUAACUCCUGUUCGUAUAAGCUGUUAGCAUCGCUAGCAUAGAGAAAUCAUUGGUGGUUGUCAAAGUCGUUUUCAACUGUAAUGCAGUUGAUUGAUGAAGAUAACAUGAACAUACAGUACCAGUCAAAAGUUUAGACACACCUACUCAUUCAAGGGUUUUUCUUUAUUUUUACAAUUUUUUACAUUGUAGAAUAAUAGUGAAUACUUCAAAACUAUGAAAUGACACAUAUGGAAUCAUGGAGUAACCAAAAAAGUGUUAAACAAAUCAAAAUAUAAUUUAUAUUUGAGAUUCUUCAAAGUAGCCACCCUUUGCCUUGAUGACAGCUUUGCACACUAUUGGCAUUCUCUCAACCAGCUUCAUGAGUUAGUCACCUGGAAUGCAUUUAAAUUAACAGGUGUGCCUUGUUAAAAGUUAAUUUGUGGAAUUUCUUUCCUUAAUGCAUUUGAGCCCAUCAGUUGUGUUGUGACAAAGUAGGGGGGUAUACAGAAGAUAGCCCUAUUUGGUAAAAUACCAAGUCCAUAUUAUGGCAAGAACAGCUCAAAUAAGCAAAGAGAAACAACAGUCCAUCAUUACUUUAAGACAUGAAGGUCAGUCAAUACGGAACAUUAAGAACUUUUAAAGUUUCUUCAAGCCCAGUUGCAAAAACCAUCAAGCGCUAUGAUGAAACUGGCUCUCAUGAGGACCGCCACAGGAAAGGAAGACCCAAAGUUCAUUAGAGUUACCAGCCUCAGAAAUUGCAGCCCUAAUAAAUGCUUCACAGAGUUCAAGUAACAGACACAUCUCAACAUCAACUGUUCAGAGGAGACUGCGUGAAUCAGGCCUUCAUGGUCGAAUUGCUGCAAAGAAACCACUAUUAAAGGACACCAAUAAGAAGAAGAGACUUGCUUGGGCCAAGAAACAUGAGCAAUGGACAUUAGACCAGUGGAAAUCUGUCCUUUGGUCUGAUGAGUCUUUGAUGAGGUUUUUGUUUCCAACCGCUGUGUCUUUUUGAGACGCAGAGUAGGUGAACGGAUGAUCUCCGCAUGUGUGGUUCCCACUGUGAAGCAUGGAGGAGGUGGUGUGGGGGGUGCUUUGCUGGUGACACUGUCUGUGUUUUAUUUAGAAUUCAUGGCACAUUUAACCAGCAUGGCUACCACAACAUUCUGCAGCAAUACGCCAUCCCAUCUGGUUUGCGCUUAGUGGGACUAUCAUUUGUUUUUCAACAGGACAAUGACCCAACACACCUCUAGGCUGUGUAAGGGUUAUUUGACCAAGAAGUAGAGUGAUGGAGUGCUGCAUCAGAUAACCUGGCCUCCACAAUCACCCGACCUCAACCCAAUUGAGAUGGUUUGGGAUGAGUUGGACCGCAGAUUGAAGCAAAAGCAGCCAACAAGUGCUCAGCAUACGUGGGAACUCCUUCAAGACUGUUGGAAAAGCAUUCCAGGUGAAGCUGGUUGAGAGAAUGCCAUGAGUGUGCAAAGCUGUCAUCAAGGCAAAGGGUGGCUAUUUGAAGAAUCUCAAAUAUAAAAUAUAUUUUGAUUUGUUUAACACUUUUUUGGUUACUACAUGAUUCCAUAUGUGUUAUUUCAUAGUUUUGAUGUCUUCACUAUUAUUCUACAAUGUAAAAGAUAGUAAAAAUACAGAAAAACCCUUGAAUGAGUAGGUGUGUCCAAAUGUUUGACUGGUACUGUAUAUUGGGGUUGACAUCCAUACGUGCAUUAUACUCUGAUGUUUACCUCAACAUAGUGUGGAAUACAUACAUAAACAAUAGGCUAAAUGUGGGAUAAUUUAGCUGGGGGGCAAUGAUGAGAUUCGGAAUCUUUCCCCCAAUGCAUUUUCCGCCCACGCGUUUCCAUGGCAUUCCCAUUGUUUUGGUCGAGUUCCAUUGACCUCUUUACUGCAUGUACUGUAUUUCCUGCUUGUAUUUAUGCAGAACAAUUAAAGUAUGGCAUGUGAUGUAUCAGGAUUUGUGUAAUAUAAUUAUUGUUAACCUAAAAUAUAGUCAUAUAAUUAUAAAUACAGUUUAUACAGGUUUUAUACACAUUUUCUGUAUAAAUAGCCUUUAAAAUAUAUCUAAACAGACCAUAAAUGUCUCAAUGUUUGUUUAAUUGGAAAGCUGUGAGUGUUCAAAUAUUAUACAAUAUCAGUGCUUGUUGCAUUUACAACUUGUAUAAGUCCUAUCAUCAACUGAUUUCAGCCAGUGAAUGGCUGUGGAUUGACUGCAGAAACGGACUCCACCACACGAAUGCCUGACCGUCCCGUUUUCAGUCAGCUGUACGUCCCCCCCCCCCCCAAAAAAAAACGACAUGUUGUCAUUUUUUUUUAAUGCGAUGAUGGUUAAUUUCAAUUUCAUGACGGUCUUCAUCCAUAACCAUCGGUUACACGGUUAUACAGUCAUUGUGCCAGCCCUAGACACAGAAAGACACAAAAGCAAGAGAUUCCUAUUGAAAACAAUCUAUGGAUAAGCUUAAUGUCAGUUAGGUUAUAGCAAUACGCUAUUUUUAUUGUUAUUAUUAUUAUUAUUAUUUUUAUAUAUAUAUUAGUAUAUAUAUACACUACCGUUCAAAAGUUUGGGGUCACUUAGAAAUGUCCUUAUUUUCGUAAGAAAAGCAAUUUUUUUGUCCAUUAAAAUAACAUCAAAUUGAUCAGAAAUACAGUGUAGACAUUGUUAAUGUUGUAAAUGGCUAUUUUUGCUGGAAACGGCUGAUUUUUUAUGGAAUAUCUACAUAGGCGUACAGAGGCCCAUUAUCAGCAACCAUCAGUCCAAUGGCACGUUGGGUUUGCUAAUCCAAUUUUAAAGGGCUUAUUGAUCAUUAGAAAACCCUUUUGCAAUUAUGUUAGCACAGCUGAAAACUGUUGUGCUGAUUAAAGAAGCAAUAAAACUGGCCUUCUUGAGACUAGUUGAGUAUCUGGAGCAUCAGCAAUUGUGGGCUCGAUUACAGGCUCAAAAUGGCCAGAAACAAAUAAUUUUCUUCUGAAACUCGUCAGUCUAUUCUUGUUCUGAGAAAUGAAGGCUAUUCCAUGCGAGAAAUUGCCAAUAAACUGAAGAUCUCGUACAACGCUGUGUACUACUCCCUUCACAGAACAGCGCCAACUGGCUCUAACCAGAUCAAGCUUUAACCUGCGAUAGCAGACAGCCGCAUAGCAGGUGUUUUGGCUGUGUUCGAGGUGGAACUAAGUUGGAGCCAUCAAAUCGGUGAGCAGCUGGUCUUGCUAUCAUUGUCACAAAGCCACACCCGCCCCACUCGCGUUCAGAACAUGAAAGUGUAGGCUAUUUAGAAAUAAUUACGCUCAAAUUGAAAAAUCAUUAAACAAAAUAAUGAGGAUUUCUAUCAUCCUAAUAGAGGUGUAGAUUACAUCUCACAUUCCAGUGUUCCAAUUUAACAAGGCUGCAUGGGAUUUCUCUUAAUGCGACUCCGUUCAGCCAAUGGCGAUGUCCGCUUUAGGUAUAAUGCCAGGAGCCGGUUGUGGAUUUGACAGCUCUAACGCAGUUUCACCUCCAACACGCCAAAAUAACCGCUAUGUGGAUGUCGGCUAAAGCGGAUCUGAUUGAAUAGACUCCAAAAUCUACACCCGUUGUAUUCAUCGCAUGUGACUCGAAAGUCCUGCCUACUUCCUGGAUCAUGUCACUUGCUGUUUUUGAAUGGGAUUCAAGAGUAUGUAAUCAAAUUAAUGAAAACACAGUCUUUUAAUAUACACUACAUAACCAAAAGUAUCUUGUCGAGCAUCUCAUUCCAAAGUCAUGGGCAUUAAUAUGGAGUUGGUCCCCCCUUUGCUGCUAUAACAGCCUCCACUCUUCUGGGAAGGCUUUCCACUAGAUGUUGGAACAUUGCUGCGGGGACUUGCUUCCAUUCAGCCACAAGAGCAUUAGUGAGGUCGGGCACUGAUUUUGGGCGAUUAGGCCUGGCUCGCAGUCGGCGUUCCAAUUCAUCCCAAAGGUGUUCGAUGGGGUUGAGGUCAGGGCUCUGUGCAGGCCAUACAUUUCACUAAAUCAAAUGUCAUGUCCAUAUCUCCAUUCAGUAGAUAGUGUAUGCUCUGUCUCACUCACUCAUCUCUCCCACUUAACCCCAUCAGCAGUCAGGAGAACCAGACCUGCUGAUCAUCAAGGUGGAGGGAGAAGCAGAUGACCAGGACUCUAGGUCCAGCCACCCAGCCAGAACAGUGGAGGGCAGCAGAGAGCUAACCACCCAACCGGCUGCAGCCACCACAGAGGACCCCGCCUUCCAGCCCAGAGGCCCCAAAGGCAACAACUAUAACAACUACAUCAACACCGCUAUGGAGGUCAGUGGAUCUGACGCCGUCCUCCUCCAAUCAGAAACAGGGAAUGUGAACCAGGGAGCCCAGCAGCGCACAGGAUUUGAACCCAGAGCAGAGAGACAGAGUCUGGACAUAAAGUGGGACAUGAAUGGGGGCUUCAAUCUUCUAAGAGAUUCUUUAAACCAGGUGUUGAGAGAGGUAGUAGUGACUGAUGAUGGUGCCUCUGCUGCUCAUACUAAAGUAAUGGACCUAGGGAGUGGCCAAGUGGGCCCAGAAACACAGACUAGCUCUGCCAUAGAAAUGAGAAGUGUAGGGUUAGAAAACCACAGGUUCCAUUCCUCAUCAGAACAUGUGAUAGUGAUUGACUCUGUAUCCAGUGGGCAGCAGGUAGAUAGAGAUUUUGAGUGGGGUCAGGUGGGAACAGCUACUACACCACAGGUCAAUGGGACUGGAAAUAGGCAGGGAGUGGGAGUGUUUGAGGGGAACGCACCAUCGAUUCACCCCGUACACCCCGAUUCGAUGAGAGCCACGACGCAAUUGGUUUCACCCAGCCUCCGGCACACAGAGAAAAAUACAGGCACGCAUUUUGGCACAGGAAAUGCAGGUGAGGCCAACAACUUUAGUUGGCACUCAUUGGCAAGCCUCCAUACACACACUGAAAUACCAGGAAGAGGAACUCAACAACCAGCUCAUUCCUCACUUCCUGUCGGCCAUUUUAGACCAAGUGCCACAGCUUCCUCUCACUUGAGUAUUCUCGCAACAGACGUUAGACUUGGCACCGUAGAACAACCGUACGGUUGCCCAAGCUGCCAUAAGACAUUUGUCCACGAGAGCGACUUGCGGCAGCACAUGGUCAUCCACACCAGAAAGCGGGGAUACGCCUGCACCUUGUGUGAGAAGAGCUUUGUGUCCCCCAGCAAGCUCCAAGUGCACCAGAAUGUACACACCGGGGAGAAGCCCUUCAGUUGUGCACAGUGCGGGCGCAGGUUCUCCCAUUCCGGCAAUCUGAAAAGACAUCAGAAGCUUCAUCAUUGACAACUGAUACAGAAGCAAGAGAUUCCUAUGAAAAAAAGCUGUUAUAGCAAUAUCAUCAGUUCAAACGUAAUUUGUUCUAAUGUAGUCAUAUGUCUGCAGGAUGUUUGCCCUGGUCUCAUACAUCUACAAUACAACGUGGUUCAUAUUUACAUUUUCUACAAAGACUUACAUUUUUUUUGGCUCCUUCAAGGCCAACAGCAUCACUCACAUUGACUGUUAAGGUUGAUAAUGGUUGUGUUCUUCUAAUAAUACUGCGUGCAGGACUUAUUUUGGCAUGACAUAUCAGGGGACUUAUUAACAGAUACUGACAUUGUACUGUGAGAGUGAAAAACUGUCUGUUCUUUUGUACCAAUUUGACCAAUGGCUAUUGCUGUUUGUUUAUUCAUUCCUAUAAUUCCAUCAAUAAAUAAUAUUUUUCUAAUAAUUCCAUUGUGCUUCUUGACCUUAUAGAGAUUGACCCUAAAUAUACAGGUAACUGCCAAAAUAAAGGAAACACUUGAGUAAAUGAGGGAUACAAAGUAUAUUGAAAGCAGGUGCUACCGCAACGGUGUGGUUCCUGAGUUAAUUAAGUAUAAUAAUGCUGGGCAGGCCAUUAUUUUGGCUACCAUUGCUCUGCCCUCAUAGGAUGAUAAUGCUCCCAUCCACAGGGCACAAGUGGUCACUGAAUGGUUUGAUGAGCAUGAAAACGAUGCAAGCCAUAUGCCAUGGCCGUCUCAGUCACCAGAUCUCCACCCAAUUGAACACUUAUGGGAGAUUCUGGGGCGUUACCUGAGAGAGCGUUUUCCACCACCAAAACACCAAAUGAUGUAAUAUAUCGUGGAAGAAUAGUGUUGAAUCCCUCCAAUAGAGUUCCAGACACUUGUAGAAUCUAUACCAAGGUGCAUUGAAGCUGUUCUGGCUCGUGGUAGCCCAACGCCCUAUUAAGACACUUUAUGCUGGUGUUUCCUUUAUUUUCUCAGUUACCUGUGUAUUGGCCCUAAAUAUCCAGUACCAGUCAACCCUUUGCCCUGACGACAGCUUUGCACACUCUUGGCAUUCUCUCAACCAGCUUCACCUGGAAUGCUUUUCCAACAGUCUUGAAGGAGUUCCCACGUAUGCUGAGCACUUGUUGGCUGCUUUUCCUUCAAUCUGCGGUCCAACUCAUCCCAAACCAUCUCAAUUGGGUUGAGGUUGGGUGAUUGUGGAGGCCAGGUCAUCUGAUGCAGCACUCCAUCUCUCUCUUUCUUGGUCAAAUAGCCCUUACACAGCCUAGAGGUGUGUUGGGUCAUUGUCCUGUUGAAAAACAAAUGAUAGUCCCACUAAGCGCAAACCAGAUGGGUUGGCGUAUCGCUGCAGAAUGUUGUAGUAGCCAUGCUGGUUAAGUGUGCCAUGAAUUCUAAAUAAAUCACAGACAGUGUCACCAGCAAAGCACCCCCACACCAUAACACCUCCUCCUCCAUGCUUUACGGUGGGAAAUACACAUGCGGAGAUCAUCCGUUCACCUACUCUGCGUCUCACAAAGACACGGCAGUUGGAACCAAAAAUCUCACAUUUGGACUCAUCAGACCAAAGGACAGAUUUCCACCGGUCUAAUGUCCAUUGCUCGUGUUUCUUGGCCCAAGCAAGUCUCUUCUUAUUAUUGGUGUCCUUUAGUAGUUGUUUCUUUGCAGCAAUUCGACCAUGAAGGCCUGAUUCACACAGUCUCCUCUGAACAGUUGAUGUUGAGAUGUGUCUGUUACUUGAACUCUGUGAAGCGUUUAUUAGGGCUGCAAUUUCUGAGGCUGGUAACUCUAAUUAACUUAUCCUCUGCAGCAGAGGUAACUCUGGGUCUUCCUUGCCUGUGGCGGUCCUCAUGAGAGCCAGUUUCAUCAUAGCGCUUGAUGGUUUUUGCAACUGGGCUUGAAGAAAAGUUUUUGAAAUAUUCCGUAUUGACUGACCUUCAUGUCUAAAAGUAAUGAUGGACUGUCGUUUCUCUUUGCUUAUUUGAGCUGUUCUUGCCAUAAUAUGGACUUGGUAUUUUACCAAAUAGGGCUAUCUUCUGUAUACCCCCCUACCUUGUCACAACACAACUGAUUGGCUCAAAUGCAUUAAGGAAAGAAAUUCCACAAAUUAACUUUUAACAAGGCAUACCUGUUAAUUGAAAUGCAUUCCAGGUGACUACCUCAUGCAGCUGGUUGAGAGAAUGCCAAGAGUGCAAAGCUGUCAUCAAGGCAAAGGGUGGCUACUUUGAAGAAUCUCAAAUAUAUUUUGAUUUUUUAAACACUUUUUUGGUUACUACAUGGUUCCAUAUGUGUUAUGUCAUAGUUUUGAUGUCUUCACUAUUAUUCUACAAUGUAGAAAAUAGUAAAAAUAAACAAAAACCCUUGAAUGAGUAGGUGUGUCCAAACUUUUGACUGGUACUGUAUAUAUUGCCCCUAUAUAGAUUAACCCUAUAUAGAUUGACCCUAAAUACUGUAUAAAUUGACCCUAAAUAUAUAUUUACCCUAUCUAUAUAUAUUCUCACAUUGCUUCCAAAUGAAAUCAUGCAGUUCGAAGGAAAAUACAUUUUCCUUUAAAAAGUACAGGAAAUUAAUGCAGUCCAAUAUUCGUUGUAUAUGUUUUGAGGACAGAGAAGAUUUAGAUGUUCUGUGUCCAUGAGUUGAGUCAGUAAAUUAACAACUUAAUUAAAUCCAUUGGAUCAAUAAUAUAGCCUAGCCAUAGCUGAGUUAUAAUAGACAUGCAUUUGUUUGAAAUCUUUGUAGAGCUCAUGCCUGUCAACUUAAUUCCUCCCUCCUCUUUUCAGGCCAAAUCUACUGUCGAACAUGGGGACACGGAGGGGCAAUAGAGUCUGGACAGACCGAGAAGUGUCCCCCUGACACUCACAACGAAGAGCAAGGGAGAACUGUAGGAUCGAGGUUGAAGUUGCCAGAUUUCAACGGACUGUCCACCCGAAACAGCUUUUCAUCCCCAAGGGUUACUCUCCGCCAGGUUCCCCAAAUAAGUAAGCUAGCCACCUUCGCGAUUGUCUACAGAGGCUCCACUUCUUCAUCGAAGGGCAUUAAAAAUCAGCCGCAACAGCCAACGUCUUGCUCGGCCAAGAGGCAGCUCCGGUGCAGCCACUGCUCCAAGCGCUUCUCCCACAGCCAACAGCUGAAGAUGCACGAGAGGGUGCACACCGGAGAGGAAACCGUUUCAAUGUGUCUACUGCGGGAAGUGCUUCACCCAGUCUGGCCACAUGAAGAAGCACCUCCUCUUCAACACUCUCCUAGGUACAGAUCUAGGAUCAGAUUCCUCUCUCCCCAAUCCUAACCUUAACUAUUAGUGGAAAAAAAAUCCUAAACGGACCCAAGAUCAGCUUCUAGAGGCAACUUCACACUACUCCACCUGGCGCAAUGAUUCGCAGGGCCAGGAGUUUUUCCUCACGACGUGAUCAGACCAGUAAAAAACUCCUGGCCAUAGUUGUAAGGGGAAUGACUCCACACUUCUGGGGUUUUCAUAUGAAAACUGGGUCCAUGUGUUUUUGACAGUUUGAUUGGUUUCCACAUUUAACGCUACCCUCUGUGUGUAGUGGUUUAGUUCAACUUGCUUGAUGCCUGGUCCAGAGUGGAUUGAUAAUGUGUGAGUUAUUACAGGUGAUUUUCUUUUUUACAUCCUUAUGAAUUUGUAUUGAUGCAGUGGCGAACCAAAGUACAGUAAUUAAGAAUUCAAAUUUCCCUUUGCCUCUCAACAAUAUAUGUACAGUUAGACUGAUAAGCUGUAAAUAUGUAAAUGGAAUUCAUAUCAAUGUAUUGUAGGCUAGUCUGUCAUACUGUUGAAAUUGACUUUUUUUUGUCAAUGACUGUUUUUGUCGUUUAUUUCUAUUAGAAACACCACAAAUAGUGAAAUGCUUUAUUAUUAUUUGUUUGAUUUUUUUAACAUGAAAUAUUGUUUACACCAAAUAACAUGCUUAUUAUAGCUACAACAUCGCUGUGGUCGAGCACUCCUCCGGUACAGUAGGUGGCGCAUAUGAUUACAUCAAAGUGAUGAUGAGGAACAGGAAAAAUAACCUCACCAGCAGCUAGCUACAAACAAAGCUAGCUAGCUAUCGAUGUUUAGUUUCUGAUAUGAUUGUAUUUGUUUUAAUAGCUUGCUAGAUAACUGUAUAGCAUCAUAAUAUAGAAAACAUAAAGACUGUUUUCAUAUUCAAACGGGGCCAAAAGCGUCGGGGGACAAUGUCGGGUUCCGUGGUAGACUUCCAGGCGCAGAUAGCCUCAAUCAUGGAGGUGCUAGCCAACGCGGCUGUAACCGAAAUCUGCAAAGUUGUUGACGAUGGCUAUGCGGUUGUACACAUGGAGAUGUCCCAAAGUCACAAGGAGAACGAAUUUCUCCGGAGGAAAAUGAAGUUGAUGGAACUUCAGAUCGCCAGGUUUCGGGCUGAGAGAACAAAGUUUUCAGAGGGGUCCGUCCACAACCGCUUCCAUGGAAUACGCCUGCUGAACAGACACAACAAUCGAGAGACUGCAACGACAGGUUGGUGAUGAUGGUGAAUUUGACAAUGCACAUAGACUAAAUUACAUGAAUCUUCAAUUUGACCCCAUUCAUCAAUUGUGUUUUACAAAGUUCAAAGCAAGCAUAAUACAGCCAUGAUUUAUGUAAUGUCAAUACAGUUAGGGCCUAGAGGUUUAUUGACAUUCUAUAUAGGAUGUAUCAUGCUUACUUUGUACUGUCAACACCGCUAGGAUCCUUCUAGCUCUAUUGACACAACAUACGACAUGAAAGGUGUUGUGCUUGCUUUGUACUUUGUAAAACACUCGAUGGAUCGGGUCAAAUGAACCUCCCCCUUUAUUUCCAGGACCUACUUGGCAAAGCAGAGCCAGACUUUCCAACAGGAGUUUUGGGAACAGCAGCAUUCAAAGAGACAGACAGCCCAUAGACGUGGACCAAGAGGAUGUCUCUCCAUCAAAGCAUAUGGAUGCUACAAGUGAUGAGGUAAGUCCCAAUUUUAACAGCCGAUUUCAGACUGUCACAGACUUAUGUCUGUUUUAGUCUAAGACACCAGACACUUCCGCCUGGGGAUGAGGUUAUGUCUGUAUAGACGUGUAUGCCAGCACAUUAUAACCAGUGAUGUGCGCGUGAGUAAAGUAACACUCCCAAUGCCUUCAAUGCAUUUUUGCGCCAAAGGUUUGUAAAUGCUUGCGCAAAAUACAAAUGGUGGAGUUUACCUCCACAACCCCACUGAUUACAACACAAUAACAACAAGGCAACUACUAUGAAAUUCACUAAAUCCCAUGUCAUGCCAAUAUCUCCAUUCAGUAGAUAGUGUAUGCUCUGUCUUUCACUCACUCACUCACUCAUCUCUCCCACUUAACCCCAUCAGCAGUCAGCAGAGACAGAGGAUGGGGAACCAGACCUGCUGAUCAUCAAGGAUGAUGGGGAAGCAGAUGACCAGGACUCUAGGACCAGCCACCCAGCCAGAACAGUGGAGGGCAGCAGAGAGCCAACCACCCAACCGGAUGCAGCCACCACCGUGGACACCGCCCUCCAGCCCAGUGGCCCCAGAGGCAACAACAACACUACAACGACACCGCUAUGGAGGUCAGUGGAUCUGACCUCAUCCUCCUCCAAUCAGAAACAGGGAAUGUGAACCAGGGACUCAGCAGCACACAGGAUUUGAACCCAGAGCAGAGAGACAGAGUCUGGACACAAAGUGUGACAUGAAGGGGGCCUCAAUCUCCUUAAGGCGUCAGCUUGCUUCAGUUCAGCUGGUGCUCGCAUACUCCCUUAAAAGACCUUCGCUUGAAAAACGAGAAAAUAGUACUGUUUGUCCAUUUUGAAACGCCGUAGCCGGCCUACACUUCUUCAAAAUAGUCCGAAUUAAUCUAAGAUCAAAUUUAAUGACACAUUUUUGAGUUAUGUUUUUGCCAGAGACCUUACUCCCGCAAUUUUACAUCUAACUAAGAUGUUUUGUGCAGUAGUUUUUCAAUGAAGAAAUUUGCAUGAAAACGAGUCAUCUCUCGUUAAAUGACAACAAAUACUUUAUUGAAGAAACCCUACUGUGGACCAAUCACUGACGAAGUGGCAUAGACUUCGUCUCCGAACUUCGGCAUUUCUCCAGAAAACGUUUUGUGUGCCCGAACAGCCGAAUAAACCUUCACCGAAGUCCAAAACAAACAAAAACGUCAUAAUAUACAGUGAGGGAAAAAAGUAUUUGAUCCCCUGCUGAUUUUGUACGUUUGGCCACUGACAAAGACAUGAUCAGUCUAUAAUUGUAAUGGUAGGUUUAUUUGAACAGUGAGAGACAGAAUAACAACAAAAACAUCCAGAAAAACGCAUGUCAAAAAUGUUAUAAAUUGAUUUGCAUUUUAAUGAGGGAAAUAAGUAUUUGACCCCUCUGCAAAACAUGACUUAGUACUUGGUGGCAAAACCCUUGUUGGCAAUCACAGAGGUCAGACGUUUCUUGUAGUUGGCCACCAGGUUUGCACACAUCUCAGGAGGGAUUUUGUCCCACUCCUCUUUGCAGAUCUUCUCCAAGUCAUUAAGGUUUCGAGCCUGACGUUUGGCAACUUGAACCUUCAGCUCCCUCCACAGAUUUUCUAUGGGAUUAAGGUCUGGAGACUGGCUAGGCCACUCCAGGACCUUAAUGUGCUUCUUCUUGAGCCACUCCUUUGUUGCCUUGGCCGUGUGUUUUGGGUCAUUGUCAUGCUGGAAUACCCAUCCACGACCCAUUUUCAAUGCCCUGGCUGAGGGAAGGAGGUUCUCACCCAAGAUUUGACGGUACAUGGCCCCAUCCAUUGUCCCUUUGAUGCGGUGAAGUUGUCCUGUCCCCUUAGCAGAAAAACACCCCCAAAGCAUAAUGUUUCCACCUCCAUGUUUGAUGGUGUUCUUGGGGUCAUAGGCAGCAUUCCUCCUCCUCCUCCAAACAAGGCGAGUUGAGUUGAUGCCAAAGAGCUCCAUUUUGGUCUCAUCUGACCACAACACUUUCAUCCAGGAUUUCAGUCCUUCACGGCGUAGUGUGUUACCAAUUGUUUUCUUGGUGACUAUGGUCCCAGCUGCCUUGAGAUCAUUGACAAGAUCCUCCUGUGUAGUUCUGGGCUGAUUCCUCACCGUUCUCAUGAUCAUUGCAACUCCACGAGGUGAGAACUUACAUGGAGCCCCAGGCCAAGGGAGAUUGACAGUUAUUUUGUGUUUCUUCCAUUUGCGAAUAAUCACACCAACUGUUGUCACCUUCUCACCAAGCUGCUUGGCGAUGGUCUUGUAGCCCAUUCCAGCCUUGUGUAGGUCUACAAUCUUGUCCCUGACAUCCUUAGAGAGCUGUUUGGUCUUGGCCAUGGUGGAGAGUUUGGAAUCUGAUUGAUUGAUUGCUUCUGUGGACAGGUGUCUUUUAUACAGGUAGAUUAGGAGUACUCCCUUUAAGUGUGCUCCUAAUCUCAGCUCAUAACCUGUAUAAAAGACACCUGGGAGCCAGAAAUCUUUCUGAUUGAGAGGGGGUCAAAUACUUAUUUCCCUCAUUAAAAUGCAAAUAAAUUUAUAACAUUUUUGACAUGCGUUUUUCUGGAUUUUUUUGUUGUUAUUCUGUCUCUCACUGUUCAAAUAAACCUACCAUUAUAAUUAUAGACUGAUCAUUUCUUUGUCAGUGGGAAAACGUACAAAAUCAGCAGGGGAUCAAAUACUUUUUUCCCUCACUGUAUGCACAAGCUCUACCGGACUGUUUCUGCUGGGAAGCAUGCAGACGCCUUAAGAGCUUCUUUAAAUACAGGCACCCAUCUUGACACAGGAAAUGUAGGUGAGGCCAACAAAGCUAGUUGGUGCUCAUUGGCAAGCCUCCAUAGACACUCUGAAAUACCAGGAAGAGGAGCUCAACAAUCAGCUCAUACCUCACUUCCUGUCGGCCAUUUUAGACCAAGCUCCUCAACUUCCUCUCACUCUAGUAAUCUUGCCACAGACGUUAGACCUGGCAACGUAGAACGACCGUACGGUUGCCCGAGCUGCAAUAAGAAGUUUGUCCAAGAGAAUUACUUGUGGCGGCACGCUGUCAUCCACACCAGAAAGCGGCCGUUGUCUUGCACCUUGUGCGCCAGCAAGCUCCAAAUGCACCAAAACAUCCACACCUGGGGAGAAGCCCUUCAGUUGUGCACAGUGCGGGUGCAGGUUCUCCCACUCCAGCAAUCUGAAAAGACAUCAGAAACGUUAUCAUUGAGAACUGACACAGAUAGGGCCGUGACGAUCAAGGAAUGUUGGAUGACGAUAAUUGGUCACCGUUUAUAACCGUUUGAAUUGCAAAAAACACACAUUUUCUCCUCUGCUCCUGAUUUGUUUCAGCAAGGAGCAAUGGAGAGUCCAUGUUACAGCAGAAACCAUAGAGAUCCCAUGAAAUUACUAGAGGGGCUAUGUCAUGAACCCUCAAAGUUCUAGAAUGGUUGUUACUAGGUUCUACAGCCACAAAAAUGGUUGUAUCGUAAAGAUUCAUGAAAACCUUCAAUUAAAACAAAAAAUGUCUGUAUAAAUAGCCUCUAAAAUAUAUCCAAACAGACCAUAAAUGUCUCAAUGUUUGUUUUCUUGGAAACCUGUUAAUGUUAUAAUAUGACACAAUAUCAGUACUUGUUGCAUUUACAACUUGUAUAAGUCCUAUCAUCAACUGAUUUCAGCCAGUGUAUGGCUGUGGAUUGACUGCAUUGUUUGUAUGGAAUGUUGGCAUAUUGGCAGUUAAUUUGAACAAUUAUUGGAAAUCAUUCAACUUAAACUGGCUGGCUAGCUAGCUACUGUGCAGAUAAUCUUCAAAUUCAUUGUUUUACACAACAUCUUAUCGCAGCACACUGGCUGACCAUGGUUGACCAACUCCCUGACCAAAAUGGCUGACAUUUUAUACUGUCAUAAGACCUCUCAUGUCCAUUCGUGUAUUCUAAUUCCAAAUUCUAUGGCAGAAACUGACUAAACCAGACAAAUGCCCGGCCGUCCUGUUUUCAGUCAGCUAUUAGUUCCACACAAAAAAAAGAACAUUAUUAUAUACAGUACCAGUCAAAUGUUUGGACACACCUACUCAUUCAAGGGUUUUUCUUUAUUUUCAUUAUUUUCUACAUUGUAGAAUAAUAGUGAAGACAUCAACACUAUAAAAUAACACAUAUGGAAUCAUGUAAUAACCCAAAAGAGUAAAAUACCAAGUCCAUAUUAUGGCAAGAACAGCUCAAAUAAACAAAGAGAAAUGACAGUCCAUCAUUAUUUUAAGACGUGAAAAUCAGUCAAUACGGAACAUUUCAAGAACUUUGACAGUUUCUUCAAGCGCAGUCGCAAAAACCAUCAAGCGCUAUGAUGAAACUGUCUCUCAUGAGGACCGCCACAGGAAUGGAAGACCCAGAGUUACCUCUGCUGCAGAGGAUAAGUUAGAGUUACCAGCCUCAGAAAUUACAGCCCAAAUAAAUGCUUCAGAGUUCAAGUCACAGACACAUCUCAAAAUCAACUGUUCAGAGGGGACUGUGGAUCAGGCCUUCAUGGUCGAAUUGCUGCAAAGAAACCACUACUAAAGUACACCAAUAAGAAGAAGAGACCUGCUUGGGCCAAGAAACACGAGCAAUGGAAAUUAGACUGGUGGAAAUGUGUCCUUUGGUCUGUAGUCCAAAUUGGAGAUUUUUGGUUCCAACCGCUGUGUCUUUGUGAGAUGCGGUGUGGGUGAACGGAUGAUCUCCGCAUGUGUAGUUUCCACCGUAAAGCAUGGAGGAGGAGGUGUUAUGGUGUGGGGGUGCUUUGCUGGUGACACUGUCUGUGAUUUAUUUAGAAUUCAAGGCACACUUAACCAGCAUGGCUACCACAGCAUUCUGCAGCGAUACACCAUCCCAAUCUGGUUUGGGCUUAGUGGGACUAUCAUUUGUUUUUCAAUAGGACAAUGACCCAACACACCUCCAGGCUGUGUAAGGGCUAUUUUACCAAGAAGGAGAGUGAUGGAGUGCUGCAUCAGAUGACCUGGCCUCCACAAUCCCCCGACCUCAACCCAAUUGAGAUGGUUUGGGAUGAGUUGGAUGGCAGAGUGAAGGAAAAGCAGCCAACAAGUGCUCAGCAUAUGUGGGAACUCCUUCAAGAUUGUUGGAAAAGCAUUCCAGGUGAAGCUGGUUGAGAGAAUGCGAAGAGUGCAAAGCUAUCAUCAAGGCAAAGGGUGGCUAUUUGAAGAAUCUCAAAUAUAAAAUAUAUUUUGAUUUGUUUAACACUUAUUUGGUUACUACAUGAUUCCAUAUGUGUUAUUUCGUAGUUUUGAUGUCUUCACUAUUAUUCUACAAUGUAGAAAAUAGUAAAAAUAAAGAAAAACCCUUGAAUGAGUAGGUGUGUCCAAACUUUUGACUUGUACUUUGUAUAUAUAUAUAUAUAUAUAUAUAUAAAAGCGGUUAUGACGGUUAAUUUAACUUUCAUGACGGUCUUCAUCCAUAACCAUCGGAUAAAUGGUUAUACGGUAAUUGUGCAAGCCCGAGACACAGAAGCAAAAGAUUCCUAUGGAGAAAAAAAAGCUAUGGAUUAGCUUUAUGUCAGUUAGGUUAAUGCAAUACGCUAUGAAUAGCACUACGCUAUUUUUAUUAUUAUACAGUAUAUCAUUAAAAAAUAUAUAGAUAUAUUAACUCUGCAUCGUUGGAAGGGCUCAUAAGUAAGCAUUUCACGGUAAAGUCUUCACCCGUUGUAUUCGGCGCAUAUGACAAAUAAGACUUCAUUUGAAAGUCCUGCCUACUUCCUGGAUCACGUCCCUCACUGUUUUUGAAUGGGAUUCAAGAGUAAAUAUACCAAUUCAUGAAAACACUGUCUUUUAAGAUACAGUGCAUUCGUAAAGUAUUCAGACCCCUGACUUUUUCCAUAUUUUGUUACAUUACAGCCUUAUUCUAAAAUUGAUGAGGAAAAAUGUAAUUUAAUCCAUCUACACACAAUACCACAUAAUGACAAAGUUUUUUUUUUGGGUGCAAAUGUAUAAAAUUUUAACUGAAAUAUCAUAUUUACAUAAGUAUUCCGACCUUUACUCAGUACUUUGUUGAAGCACGUUUGGCAGCGAUUACAGUCUUGCGUCUUCUUGGGUAUGACACUACAAGCUUGGCACACCUGUUUUGGGGGAGUUUCUCCCAUUCUUCUCUGCAGAUCCUCACAAGCUCUGUCAGGUUGGAUGGGGAGCGUUGCUGCACAGCUAUUUUCAGGUCUCUCCAGAGAUGUUCGAUCAGGUUCAAGUCUGGGCUCUGGCUGGGCCACUCAAGGACAUUCAGAGACUUGUUCCGAAGCCACUCCUGCAUUGUCUUGGCUGUGUGCUUAGGGUAGUUGUCCUGUUGGAAGGUGAACCUUUGCCCCAGUCUGAGGUCCUGAGCACUCUGGAGCAGGUUUUCAUCAAGGAUCUCUCUGUACUUUGCUUCGUUCAUCUUUCCCUUGAUCCUGACUAGUCUCCCAGUCCCUGCCUCUGAAAAACAUCCCCACAGCAUGAUGCUGCCACCGCCAUGCUUCACCGUAGGGAUGCUGCCAGGUUUCCUCCAGAUGUGACGCUUGGCAUUCAGGCCAAAGAGUUCAAUCUUGGUUUCAUCUGACCAGAGAAUCUUGUUUCUCAUGGUCUGAGAGUCCUUUAGGUGCCUUUUUGCAAACUCCAAGCGGGCUGUCAUGUGCCUUUUACUGAGGAGUGGCUUCCAUCUGGCCACUUUCCCAUAAAAGCCUGAUUGGUGGAGUGCUACAGAGAUGGUUGUCCUUCUGGAAGGAUCUCCCAUCUCCACAUAGGAACUCUGGAGCUCUGUCAGUGACCAUCAGGUUCUUGGUCACCUCCCUGAGCAAGGCCCUUCUCCCCCGAUUGCUCAGUUUGGCCGGGCAGCCAGCUCUAGGAAGAGUCUUGGUGGUUCUAAACUUCUUCCGUUUAAGAAUGAUGGAGGCCACUGUGUUCUUGGGGACCUUCAAUGCUGCAGAAAUGUUUUGGGAACCUUCCCCAGAUCUGUGCCUCGACACAAUCCUGUCUCGGAGCUCUACGGACAAUUCCUUCAACCUCAUGGCUUGGUAUUUUCUCUGACAUGUACUGUCAACUGUGGGACCUUUAUAUAGACAGGUGUGUGCCUUUCCAAAUCAUGUCCAAUCAAUUCAAUUUACCACAGGUGGACUCCAAUCAAGUUGUAGAAACAUCUCAAGGAUGAUCAAUGGAAACAGGAUGCAUCCGAGCUCAAUUUCCAGUCUCAUAGCAAAGGGUCUGAAUACUUAUGUAAAUCAUGUAUUUCAGCUUUUUAUUUGUAAUACAUUAGUAAACAUUUCUAAAAACCUGUUUUCGCUUUGUCAUUAUGGGGUAUUGUGUGUAGAUUGAUGACGAAAAAUGUAAUUUAAUCAAUUUGAGAAUAAGGCUGUAAUGUAUCAAAAUGUGGAAAAAGUAAAGGGGUCUGAAUACUUUCCGAAUGCACUUUAUCUCAAAUUAUAAACUGGGUGGUUCGAGCCCUGAAUGCUGAUUGGCUGAUAGCCUUGGUAUAUCAGACUGUAUACCACGGGUAUUACAAAACAUAUUUUUACUUCUCUAAUUACGUUGGUAACUUAUAAUAGCAAUAAGGCACCUUGCUGGUUUGUGAUAUAUGGCCAAUAUACCACGGCUAAGGGCUGUGUCCAGGCACUCCACGGUGCGUCGUGCUUAAGAACAGCCCUUAGCCGUGGUAUAUACAAACCCCCUCGGGCCUUAUUGCUUCAUUAUAUUAGUGUAUUCAUUUACUUCUAUCCAAUGUCUCUAUGAAGGUUUUUGCGCAAAAUACAAAAGGUGUUUACCCUCCACUACACCACUGAUUAUAACACAAUAACAACUACUAUGAAUUUUACUAAAUCCCAUGUCAUGCCCAUAUCUCCAUUCAGUAGAUAGUGUAUGCUCUGUCUCACUCACUCAUCUCUCCCACUUAACCCCAUCAGCAGUCAGGAGAGACAGUGGGAGGGGAACCAGACCUGCUGAUCAUCAAGGUGGAGGGAGAAGCAGAUGACCAGGACUCUAGGACCAGCCACCCAGCCAGAACAGUGGAGGGCAGCAGAGAGCUAACCACCCAACCGGCUGCAGCCACCACAGAGGACCCCACCUUCCAGCCCAGUGGCCCCAGAGGCAACAACUAUAACAACAACACCACCACUAUGGAGGUCAGUGGCUCUUACGCCGUUGUCCUCCAAUCAGAAACAGGGACUGUGAACCAGGGAACCCAGCAGCACACAGGAAUUGAACUCCGAGCAGAGAGACAGAGUCUGGACACAAAGUGUGACAUGAACAGGGAUCUCACUCUCCUAAGAGAUUCUUUAAACCAGGUGUGGAGAGAGGUAGUAGUGACUGAUGAUGGUGCCUCUGCUGCUCAUACUAAAGUAAUGGACCUAGGGAGUGGCCCAGUGGACUCAGAAAUGCAGACUAGCUCUGCCAUAGAAAUUAGAAGUGUAGGGUUAGAAAACCACAGGUUCCAUUCCUCAUCAGAACAUGUGAUAGUGAUUGACUCUGUAUCCAGUGGGCAGCAGGUAGAUAGAGAUUUUGAGUGGGGUCAGGUGGGUACAGCUACUACACCACAGGUCAAUGGGACUGGAAAUAAGCAGGGAGUGGGAGUGUUUAACAGAAACGCACCAAUGAUUCACCAUCGAUUCGAUGAGAGACAACACAACGCUAUUGGUAGCACCCGCUUUCCAUCCCACAGAGAAAAAUACAGGCACCCGUCCUGACACAGGAAAUGCAGGUGAGGCCAACAAAGCUAGUUGGUGCUCGAUGGCAAGCCUCCAUAGACACUCUGAAAUACCAGGAAGAGGAGCUCAACAACCAGCUCAUCCCUCACUUCCUGACGGCUAUUUUAGACCAAGCGCCACAACUUCCUCUCACUCUAGUAAUUUCGCCACACACAUUAGACCUGGCACCGUAGAACGACCGUACGGUUGCCCAAGCUGCCAUAAGAAGUUUGUCCACGAGAGUGACUUGCGGCGGCAUGUGGUCAUCCACACCAGAAAGCGGACGUUCUCCUGCACCUUGUGUGAGAAGAGCUUUGUGUCCCCCAGCAAGCUCCAAGUGCACCAGAAUGUACACACUGGGGAGAAGCCCUUCAGUUGUGCACAGUGCGGGCGCAGGUUCUCCCACUCCAGCAAUCUGAGAAGACAUCAGAAGCUUCAUCAUUGAGAACUGACACAGAAUCAAGAGAUUCCUAUGGAAAAAAACUAUGGAUUAGCAUUAUGUCAGUUAGGUUAUAGCAAUACACUAUGAAAGUCCUGCCUACUUCCUGGAUCAUGUCCCUCGCUGUUUUUGAAUGGGAUUCAAGAGUAAAUAAUCAAAUUCAUGAAAACACUGUCAUUGAAUAUAUACAGUUAGGUCCAAAAGUAUUUGGACAGUGACACAUUUGUUUUGGCUCUGUACUCCGACACUUUGGUGAUAUUUAUGAUUUUUAUGCCUCUAACUUUCUCACUCAUCAUUAUUCACGAUUCAUAAAUGAUUAUCUGUAAUCAUGGUAGCAUCCACAUUAAUGUAGAAUUGUUAAGAAACACAUUCCAUUCUUAUUUACAAUAAAAGUGGCUCCAAAAUGAAACAAUACAUUAUUUACCAUUCACAGCUUCUACCCUCAAGCCAUUAGACUGCUAAACACUGCUACCCAGACUAUUUGCAUUGAUCCCCCUUCUUUUACACUGCUGCUACUCGCUGUUUAUUAUCUAUGCAUAGUCACUUUACCCCUACCUACAUGUACAUAUUACCUCAAUACCUCGACUAACCUGAACCCCCGCACAUUGACUCGGUACCGGUACCCCCUGUAUAUAGCCUCGUUAUUUUAUUGUGUUACUUUUUUUCUACUUUUUAUUUAUUUAUUUAUUUUUUGCAAAUAUUUUCAGUUAAGGGCUUGUAAGUACGCAUUUCACGGUAAGGUCUACACCUGUUGUAUUCGGCGCAUGUGACAAAUACAAUUUGAUUUUAUUUCUAUUGGGUACAAAAUGUUCUGAAACACAACCAAAACAAACUGCAGAUGCAUCCAACAAGUUUGUAGAGUCACAAGCUUGAUGAAGGUUGGAAUAUCGCACAAAUAUGAUCAAUGGCUCAUUCGAUAGAAGACAACCUACCGCGUUAUGACAUUGGCAAGUAUUGAAAUCUGACGCGUAUGCUCUUUUUCGUGAUCUAAAAGUCGUAUUUGUCAUACCUUCCAGUGUAGUGAGAGCGAUUUUAUCGCAAUGCAACGUCAUACCUGACAAAUGACACUUCUUGAACCGCCUAUAGCUCCGAUACACAUGAAAGCACAUGACCCCUGGUAUCGAUGGAACAUAUUCUUCUUCUUCGAUGAGGUUUAACGACGAAUGGCAUCCAAUUUGUUGCAUUACCGCCACCUACUAGACUGGAGUACAACUCCCUUAUAUUUUGCUUGAAAAAUUAAAUAAAGAAAUACCCUACCAUCUAACACUACACUCACAAAUUAAAAAAUAUUAUUAAUAAUUAACACCACCCUACUCCACUAUUUAAAUAUAUUCAUUCCUACCUCAUGCCCUCAACCUGAAAUGAUGGGACAUCACCACUUAACACUCCCCGUAACUCUUCUGAUGUCAAGUCUCGCACACCCAAAUACCUCUCUGCAGCUGCCACCACAACCUCAAUUUUCUUUGACUUACGUUCCAUCCCUGCAGUACAAUUAAUAACCAUUGCUAUAAACGCUAAAAAUCCAAUCUUAUUGAAACAUAUAUCACUUGUUGGCCUAUCCCUCUGUACUGGUACAUAUCUACUACCCCCCCCCCCCCCCCCCCCCCCCCCCCCCCGACCCAUCUUCCUCUACUUUCUUCACUGCCUCAGCAUAUGACAGCUUCUUCACUACUCUUACCUCCCUCUCUCGUACGGGACAUUUCUGAUCCCCAGCCCCAUGGACACCCCGACAAUUAGCACAUACCACUACUUUCCCCAAUGCUACACAUUCCUUUGUCUCAUGCCCUUCUGCACACUUCUCACACCUUGGAACCUCCCUCCUACACAUUGCUGCCACAUGCCCAUAAGUUUGACACCUGUAACAUCUUAAUGUAUUUGGCACAUAAGCUCGUACAGGAUAACUUAUGUAUCCUAACUUCACUUUGUCAGGCAAAGACUCAACUUCAAAACUCAAAAGAACAGACAAUGACUCUUCUUUUUCAUCACUCUCACCUGUUUGCGUUGCACCAAACACCAGGAAUCUUCCCCUUCAGUUGGUCAACUUUUACAUUUACUGCUACGCCAGUAAUCACUCCUUUCAAUGGCGCCCUUUUCUUGAGAGCGAAACAAUUCACAAUUCUUUCCCCCAUUUGUUUAACUCUGAGCGCCUUCUCCCUCUGACCAACAGAAACAAAAACAAUUAUCACUAGACCACUUCUGGUUACCCUCACCGAUUCCACUAUACCCAACGCUUUUUUCACCCACCCUGAUACCACAAAUGGAUCAGCCAAAAGGCAAGGGUCCACUCUUUCCAAAAACUUCACUCCUACUGUCAGACUCAUCUUUAUCCUGACCCUCUGUGCAAGCCUCGGGCUCCGAGUACUUCACCACACCUACCACCUCCGUUUACAUCACCCUCAUUCACUUCCAUUUCUCCUCCUGUCUUCAGCUCACUUUGCUACCAUUCUUCUUUACCAAACCUUCUCCCUUUUUCCUGCCAUUUUCCCCCGACAAGCUCACAAUCUUCCUCCCUCUCUCUCUUAGACCUCCUCUGCCUCUCUUUUUCCCUCCAUUCCUCCUCCGUCAUCCAAGUAUACGUCACCUUAUGAUAAUACUGCACUUUUCCUAACAUACAUCUGUUUCUUGCUUUCUCAAGGGACGCCAUUUACGAGGCUCUCACAAAUCCUGACAAACACUUCCUUCCUUCUUCUCCUGUUCAUGGCUGCCCUCAAUAGAACAACACUCACACAAAAACAAUAUAACAUUAAAAAUGGAUGAAUCUUUCCUGUGAAGCUGACAGUCUGCAAUUUAAUCUCAUAGUCAUUGUAUCAUUUCAAAUUCAGUUCUGGAGUACAGAACCAAAACAACAACAAAAAAUGGUCACUGUCCAAAUACAUUUGGACCUCACUAUAUUUAUUUAUUUUACUUUAUUUAUUUAACCUUUAUUUAACCAGGUAAGGCAGUUGAGAACAAGUUCUCAUUUACAACUGCGACCUGGUCAAGAUAAAGCAAAGCAGUGCGAUAAAAACAACAACACAGAGUUACAUAUGGGGUAAACAAAACAUAAAGUCAAAAAUACAAACAGAAAAUAUAUAUACAGAGUGUGCGAAUGUAGUAAGUUAUGGAGGUAAGGCAAUAAAUAGGCCAUAGUGCAAAAUAGUUAAAAUUUCGUAUUAACACUGGAAUGAUAGAUGUGCAAAAGAUGAUGUGCAAAUAGAGAUACUGGGGUGCAAAUUAGCUAAAUAAAUAACAAUAUGGGGAUGAGGUGGGCUAAUUUCAGAAUGGCUGUGUACAUGCAAAGGUGUGUGAAUCAUGUUGGACAUAUUGGAAUCAGAAUAAAAUUGAUUUACACCAAAAGUCUUUAUGGGCAUAAGUGUUUUACGCAAUUCUGAUUUAAAAAAAUCGAAUUUACUUCAUUCAUACAUUAACCUCCAAAUGAUAUUAUUGCAGCCAUAUGGGAUUUGAGGUCAAAUCCAGGGUGGCCCCAACAAUAAUCUGUGGUUUAAUUACAUGAUUAGGGUCAAAAGAUACAAAAUCCUUCAAGGAACCUUUGACCCAAAAUGUUUAAUUUCAAUGUCUAAACCCACUUGUUUUUCUUAGAGCCGGUUACAAUAGCCACAACAUUAAAAAAAAGUGUAACUAUGUAUUUUUUUUCAGGCAGGACCAUACAGUACUGAAAGAGAGCAAUGACUUGGGAAGUUGUCUAUUAUUCAGCUACCAAAAAGUAAAGUGUACAUUCAUCAUAAAUAUUCAUAGUUUAUAUUUCUGCCUAUUGUAUCUCUGUGUUUACAGGUCUAUAUUUCCUAGAUACAUUAAGAUAUCCUAAUGCUGUUUGUUUGUGCAUGUGGGGCAGACAGCUGACUACUUGUAUUCCAAAUGUUAGUAAUAUCAGAGCUUGAAAUAUUGGGAAUCCCCCUUCCAGCCAGGCAUUAUUCUUCACUUUUGUUAGUUUAGGGCGUGUCACAAUAUCUAUAAAUGUAACCACUUUUUCAGUGAAAUAUUUUUACACAACCAUCCAUUUCAUAAAUUAGAGACAUUAUAGAUGUGAAAAAACAUGGUUGUGUUUUGUUAUAGCUCGGGUAUGGGUGUCUCAAAAUUUUUGGGGCCUUGCCACAAGCCUCGUCUUUUUAUUACGUAGUUACAACAUUGUGGUGGAGCACUCCUGUACAGUAGGUGGCGCAGUUAAACUUUCAAUUGUACAGUCCAGCAUGAGGAAAAGUAAAGAAUAUUAACAGCUACAAACAAAGCUAGCGAUGGUUCGUUUCUGAUAGGGUUGUCUUUAGUUUAAUAGCAAGAUAGAUAACUGUAGAUUAUAAUAAUAUUCAAAACAGAAAGACGGUUUUCAUAUUGAAAAGGGGGCAAAAAUGUCGGGUUCCGUGGUAGAUUUCCAGGCACAGAUAGCCUCAAUCAUGGAGGUGCUAGCCAACGCGGCUGUAGCAGAAAUCUGCAAAGUUGUUGACGAUGACUAUGCGGUUGUACACCUGAAGAUGUCCCAAAGCCACAAGGAGAACGAAUUUCUCAGGAGGAAAAUGAAACUGAUGGAACUUCAGAUCGCAAGGUUUAGAGCAGAGAAAACAAAGUCUUCAGAGGGGUCCGUCCACAACCGCUUCCAUGGAAUACGCCUGCUGAACAGACACAACAAUCGAGAGACUGCAACGACAGGUUGGUGAUGAUGAAUUUGAAAUUAUGCACAUAGAACAACAUUGAAUCAGAACAUCAUUAAAAAUAAUAAUCUUUAUUAUAUUAUUAUAAUCAUUAUUUUAUAAAUCCUUAGCCCUUCUCUGAAGGCGUAGAAGGCCCAUUGUUCCCAACUGUGUUUGGGUUAGUCAUAAUUUGUAGAGCGGCUCUAUUUCCCCUCAUUAUGCAUUUAUUCACUAUUCUGAAUGUCUAAAUAAUCCCUAUGUUGUUCUGAAAUAUGAACACAGAAAUACUGGACAUUUUUAACUCUUAUGGUGGUGAUUUGACAAAGAUCCAAUCAUGGUCUUGAAUUUGACAUUUUUUCUGGUCUUGACUCGGUCUCUAAAUGAUUUGUACACUCAGUGUAUGUCAUGCUUACUUUGUACUGUCAACACAGCUAGGGUCCUUCUAGCUCUAUUGACACAUUAUACAUCAUGGCCAUAUUAUGCUUGCUUUGUUCUUUUUUAAACACCAUUGAUGGAUGGGGUCAAAUUGAAGAUGUAGUAAACAUCAUAGAUUUAACCUCCCCCUUUAUUUCCAGGACCUACUUGGCAAAGCAGAGCCAGGCUUUCCAACAGGAGUUUUGGGAACAGUAGCAUUCAAAGAGACAGACAGCCCAUAGACGUGGACCAAGAGGAUGUCUCUCCAUCAAAGCAUAUGGAUGCUACAAGUGAUGAGGUAAGUCCCAAUUUUAACAGCCGAUUUCAGACUGUCAUAGACCUAUGUCUGUUUUAGUCUCGGACACCAGACACUUCCGCCUAAGGAUGAUGAAAUCCCAUGUCAUGUCCAUAUCUCCAUUCAGUAGAUAGUGUAUGCUCCGUCUCACUCACUCAUCUCUCCCACUUAACCCCAUCAGCAGUCAGCAGAGACAGAGGAAGGGGAACCAGACCUGCUGAUCAUCAAGGAAGAGGGAGAAGCAGAUGACCAGGACUCUAGGUCCAGCCACCCAGCCAGAACAGUGGAGGGCAGCAGAGAGCUAACCACCCAACCGGCUGCAGCCACCACAGAGGACCCCGCCUUCCAGCCCAGUGGCCCCAGAGGCAACAACUAUAACAACACUGCUAUGGAGGUCAGUGGAUCUGACGCCGUCCUCCUCCAAUCAGAAACAGGGACUGUGAACCAGGGACCACAGCAGUAUACAGGAUUUGAACCCAGAGCAGAGAGACAGAGUCUGGACACAAAAUGUGACAUGAAUGGAGGCUUCAAUCUUCUCAGAGAUUCUUUAAACCAGAUGUUGAGAGAGGUAGUAGUGACUGAUGAUGGUGCCUCUGCUGCUCAUACUAAAGUAAUGGACCUAGGGAGUGGCUCAGUGGGCCCAGAAACGCAGACUAGCUCUGCCAUAGAAAUGAGAAGUGUAGGGUUAGAAAACCACAGGUUUUCCCCCAAGUUGUUCAAUUCCUCAUCAGAACAUGUGAUAGUGAUUGACUCUGUAUCCACCGGGCAGCAGGUAGAUAGAGAUUUCGAUUGGGGUCAGGUGGGUACAGCUACUACACAACAGGUCAAUGGGACUGGACAUAAGCAGGGAGUGGGAGGGUUUAACAGAAACGCACCAAUGAUUCGCCCCGUUCACCCCGAAUCGAUGAGAGACAACACUACGCAAUUGGUUUCACCCGGCUUCCGGCCCUCAGAGAUAAAUACAGACAUGCAUCUUGGUACAGGAAAGGCUGGUGAGGCCAACAAAGCUAGUUGGGGCUCAUUGGCAAGCCUCCAUAGACACUCUGAAAUACCAGGAAUAAGAGUUCAACAACCAGCUCCUACCUCAGUUCCUGUCGGAUAUUUUAGACCAAGCGCCACAACUUCCUCUCACUCGAGUAAUCUCGCCACACACGUUAGACCAGGCACCGUAGAACGACCGUACGGUUGCCCGAACUGCAAUAAGGAGUUUGUCCACGAGAGUGACUUGCGGCGGCAUGCAGUCAUCCACACCAGAAAGCGGACGUUCUCCUGCACCUUGUGUGAGAAGAGCUUUGUGUGCGCCAGCCAUCUCCAAGUUCACCAGAAUGUCCACACCGGGGAGAAGCCCUUCAGUUGUGCACAGUGCGGGCGCAGGUUCUCCCACUCCAGCAAUCUGAAAAGACAUCAGAAGCUUCAUCAUUGAGAACUGACACAGAAUCAAGAGAUUCAUAUAGAAAAAAGCUAUGGAUUAGCAUUAUGUCAGUUAGGUUAUAGCAAUACACUAUGAAAGUCCUGCCUACUUCCUGGAUCAUGUCCCUCGAUGUUUUUGAAUGGGAUUCAAGAGUAAAUAUGCAAAUUCAUGAAAACACAGUCUUUUAAGAUAUAUGUACAGUUAUAUUCGUAUUAGUGUAUUCAUUUACUUCUAUCCAAUGUCUCUAUGAAGGUUUUUGCGCAAAAUACAAAACGUGUUUACCCUCCACUACACCACUGAUUAUAACACAAUAACAACAAGGCAACUACUAUGAAUUUGACUAAAUCCCAUGUCAUGCCCAUAUCUCCAUUCAGUAGAUAGUGUAUGCUCUGUCUCACUCACUCAUCUCUCCCACUUAACCCCAUCAGCAGUCAGGAGAGACAGUGGGAGGGGAACCAGACCUGCUGAUCAUCAAGGAAGAGGGAGAAGCAGAUGACCAGGACUCUAGGUCCAGCCACCCAGCCAGAACAGUGGAGGGCAGCAGAGAGCUAACCACCCAACCGGCUGCAGCCACCACAGAGGACCCCGCCUUCCAGUCCAGUGGCCCCAGAGGCAACAAUAACAACUACAACGACACCGCUAUGGAGGUCAGUGGAUCUGACGCCAUCCUCCUCCAAUCAGAAACACGGAAUGUGAACCAGGGACCCCAGCAGCACACAGGAUUUGAACCCAGAGCAGAGAGACAGAGUCUGGACACAAAGUGUGACGUGAACGGGGGCCUCAAUCUCCUAAGAGAUUCUUUAAACCAGGUGUGGAGAGAGGUAGUAGUGACUGAUGAUGGUGCCUCUGCUGCUCACACUAAAGUAAUGGACCUAGGGCAUUGCCCAGUGGGCCCAGAAAUGCAGACUAGCUCUACCAUAGAAAUGAGAAGUGUAGGGUUAGAAAACCACAGGUUCCAUUCCUCAUCAGAACAUGUG